CGCCUCCUCCGCCCCGCGCCCUGCGGUGCUGCAGCUGCGGGCGGCUCCAGCUGCCCCCAGAUGUGGGCUGGGCAGCGCGCGGGGAACUUUCGCGCCGGCUGCGAGUGCGGGGCCCCGGCUGCGGUCCGGCUGUCAUGGAUCCGCCGGCGGGAGCCGCUCGCCGCCUGCUCUACCCCGCGCUGCUGCUCCUGCUGCCGCCUCUCCUGCUGCCGCCGCCGCCCGCAAAUGCCGGACUCACGGCCGUCGCCGACCCCCCAGGUGGGCCCCUGGGGCACGGAGCGGAGCGCAUCCUGGCGGUGCCGGUGCGCACUGACGCCCAGGGACGCUUGCUGUCCCACGUGGUGUCGGAGGCUACGACCGGAGCCGGGGUACGAGCCCGCAGGGCCGCCCCGGUCCAAACCUCGGGCUUCCCUGGAGGCAGUGAGGAAGACCCUGGCGACCGCCUGUUCUACAAUGUCACGGUCUUCGGCAGAGACCUGCACCUGCGGCUGCGGCCCAAUGCCCGCCUCGUGGCUCCCGGGGCUACUGUGGAGUGGCAGGGUGAGACGGGUGCAACUCGAGUGGAGCCCCUGCUUGGGACCUGCCUGUACGUCGGGGACGUGGCCGGCUUAGCUAAAGCCUCCUCAGUGGCGCUCAGUAACUGCGAUGGGCUGGCUGGUUUAAUCCGGACGGAGGAGGAGGAGUUCUUCAUCGAGCCUCUGGAGAAGGGGCUGGUGGCACAGGAGGCUGAGCAGGGUCGAGUGCACGUGGUGUAUCGCCGACCGCCCACCCCCAGAACCCCUCCUCUGGAGGGGCCACAAGCCCUGGACACAGGGGCCUCCCUGGGUAAUCUGGAUAGCCUCAGCCAAGCCCUGGGCGUCUUGGAGGAGCGCGUCAACAGCUCCAGGAGGAGGGCACGCAGGCAUGCUGCUGACGACGACUACAACAUUGAAGUCCUGCUGGGUGUGGAUGACUCAGUGGUUCAGUUCCACGGGAAGGAGCACGUGCAGAAGUACCUGCUGACGCUUAUGAACAUUGUCAAUGAAAUCUAUCAUGACGAGUCCUUGGGGGCCCACAUCAAUGUUGUCCUGGUGCGGAUUAUCCUGCUGAGCUAUGGGAAGUCCAUGAGCCUCAUCGAGAUUGGCAACCCCUCUCAGAGCCUGGAGAAUGUCUGCCGCUGGGCAUACCUACAGCAAAAGCCGGACACAGGUCAUGAUGAGUAUCAUGAUCACGCCAUCUUUCUCACUCGGCAGGACUUUGGGCCUUCAGGAAUGCAAGGCUAUGCUCCUGUCACCGGGAUGUGCCACCCUGUCCGCAGCUGUACCCUGAACCACGAGGACGGCUUCUCCUCAGCAUUUGUGGUGGCCCAUGAGACUGGUCACGUGCUGGGCAUGGAACACGAUGGUCAGGGCAACCGCUGUGGCGACGAGGUGCGACUGGGUAGCAUCAUGGCACCCUUGGUACAGGCUGCCUUCCACCGCUUCCACUGGUCCCGCUGCAGCCAGCAGGAGCUCAGUCGCUACCUGCACUCCUAUGACUGCUUGCGGGAUGACCCCUUCGCCCAUGACUGGCCAGCGCUGCCCCAGCUCCCAGGGCUGCACUAUUCCAUGAACGAGCAGUGCCGCUUCGACUUUGGCCUGGGCUACAUGAUGUGCACCGCGUUCCGCACCUUCGAUCCCUGCAAACAGCUUUGGUGCAGCCACCCUGAUAAUCCCUACUUUUGCAAGACCAAGAAGGGACCCCCUCUGGAUGGGACUAUGUGUGCACCUGGCAAGCAUUGCUUUAAAGGACACUGCAUCUGGCUGACACCUGACAUCCUCAAACGGGAUGGCAACUGGGGUGCCUGGACUCCAUUCGGCUCCUGCUCACGCACCUGUGGCACCGGUGUGAAAUUCAGGACUCGCCAGUGUGACAACCCACACCCAGCCAACGGGGGACGUACCUGCUCAGGCCUAGCCUAUGACUUCCAGCUCUGCAGCACUCAGGACUGCCCUGACUCCCUGGCUGACUUCCGUGAGGAGCAGUGCCGGCAAUGGGACCUGUACUUUGAGCACGGAGAUGGCCAGCACCACUGGCUGCCCCAUGAACACCGGGAUGCCAAGGAGCGAUGCCACCUCUACUGUGAGUCCAAGGAGACUGGGGAGGUGGUGUCCAUGAAACGCAUGGUGCAUGAUGGGACACGCUGCUCCUACAAGGACGCCUUCAGCCUCUGUGUGCGUGGGGACUGCAGGAAGGUGGGCUGUGAUGGGGUGAUCGGCUCCAGCAAGCAGGAGGACAAGUGUGGCGUGUGUGGAGGGGACAAUACUCACUGCAAAGUGGUCAAGGGUACAUUCACACGCUCACCCAAGAAGCAAGGUUACAUCAAGAUGUUUGAGAUCCCUGCAGGGGCCAGACACCUACUCAUCCAGGAGGCAGACGCCACUGACCACCAUUUGGCCGUCAAGAACGUGGAAACAGGCAAAUUCAUCUUAAAUGAAGAGAACAACCUGGACCCCAAUUCCAGAUCCUUCAUUGCCAUGGGUGUGGAGUGGGAAUACAGGGACGAGGAUGGCAGGGAGACUCUGCAGACCAUGGGCCCCCUCCAUGGAACCAUCACUGUGCUGGUUAUCCCAGAGGGAGAUGCCCGGAUCUCACUGACAUACAAAUACAUGAUCCAUGAGGACUCACUCAACGUUGAUGACAACAAUGUCCUUGAAGAUGACUCCGUGAGCCAUGAGUGGGCCCUGAAGAAGUGGUCUCCCUGCUCCAAGCCCUGUGGUGGAGGGUCCCAGUUCACCAAGUAUGGCUGCCGCAGGAAGCUGGACCACAAAAUGGUGCACCGUGCCUUCUGCAGUGCCCUGACGAAGCCCAAAGCCAUCCGCCGAGCUUGCAACCCACAGGAGUGCUCCCAGCCUGUGUGGGUCACAGGAGAGUGGGAGCCUUGCAGUCACAGCUGUGGGCGGACGGGCAUGCAGGUGCGCUCUGUGCGCUGCAUCCAGCCACUUCACGACAACACCACCCGCUCCGUGCACACCAAGCACUGCAAUGACAACCGGCCCGAGAGCCGCCGAGCCUGCAAUCGUGAGCUCUGCCCUGGUCGGUGGCGGGCUGGACCUUGGUCCCAGUGCUCAGUAACCUGUGGCAACGGCACCCAGGAGCGGCCAGUGCUCUGCCGCACUGUGGAUGACAGCUUCGGUGUCUGCCUGGAGAAGCGGCCUGAGACAGCAAGGAUAUGCAGGCUUGGCCCCUGUCCUCGGAACAUCUCUGAUCCCUCCAAGAAGAGCUAUGUGGUUCAGUGGCUGUCCCGCCCAGACCCCGACUCACCCACCCAGAAGACCUCGUCAAAGAGCCACUGCCAAGGCGACAAGUCAAUGUUCUGUAGGAUGGAAGUCUUGUCUCGCUAUUGUUCCAUCCCAGGCUACAACAAACUCUGCUGCAAGUCCUGUAACCUGCGAAACAACAUCACCAACAUGGACGAUGGGGCAGAGCCACCACCUGGGAAGCACAAUGACAUUGAUGUGUUCAUGCCUACACUCCCAGGGCCCACCCUAGCCACGGAGGUGCAGCCUUCACCAGGUACCCCCUUGGGAGUCCCUCUUAAUGUCUCCAGCACCAAUGCCACUGAGGAUCACCCAGAAACUAAUGCUGUAGAUGUACCCUAUAAAAUCCACGGCCUGGAUGAUGAAGUCCAGCCACCCAACCUCAUCCCUCGACGACCUAGCCCAUAUGAAAGGACCAGGAACCAAAGAAUUCAGGAGCUCAUUGAUGCAAUGCGGAAGAAAGGGACACUUGGAAAGUUCUAAUAAAAUGGAAAGAUAGCAUCAGUAGCAUUUUUUUUCUUGCUUAUAGAGAUAUUCCAUGGGAUAACAAAUCCUAUGUCAUGGAAAUAAAUGAAGCCAAAACUCCUGAUUCCAAAAGGUUUUGAGAAAACUAAGAAGGGGAAUGAUAUAAAAAAUUUUAUGUAUACAGGUUUGAUCCUGCAGCAGCUAGGUUAACAUGUGUAUUUGCCAGUCCAGGAAUGACCUAAAUCUUACAGUAGUGUUGGGUGUGGAGUGUAUAGGAAGGUAGAGGUUCUACAACUUUCAUCAGUAAGGGGAGGCCAAGAGGGAUAAAUCAAAGACAAAAAGAAUUUUCCCAAAGUUUCUGAGCAAUAGUUCACCAUUAUCCUUUCCUUGGUGGAGACACAGGACAUUUCCUAUCAAUCCCGAGACCAAGGAACAAGCCCCUUGUGGACUGUCAGGAGAUAUGGUGGUUUAUUUAAUAACUGACCAGUUGCCCAAAUGAGUACAAUGAAGUGAAGGUCAUGAACUCAAAUGCCCUCGAGGGCCAGGCAGGUGACAAGGAUGAGUGUAGUGCCCAGUUGGGGACUGUGAGCAACAUGGGGCCACACUCAUUCAGAGCUGACUGUCAUCUUGGGUACUGCCACUGUGAAAUCUCUCUUUUCCACAGGCUCUUGCUUUGCCAGAUAGUAUGUUUUUUCAGAUGUCUAGAUUUUCAUGGAAAACCUCUCAAUCUGUAAAGGGUCAUAGGUUCUAGAUGCACCAGGCUAUAAAUACUUUGUUCUCCAGUCUUGGACUGAUCUAGUUUGAUAAUUAACUAAGGACUUAGGAAAAGUCAUUUGAUCCAUUUGGUGCUCAUUUCUCUCAAUUGCAUUUGGCCUGGGCAGCUGUCUAGUUCUUUCUAGAAAAGUAAUAAGAAUUCAAUAACUGGGAGCCAUGAGACAAAGACAAUGGGGAAGAAGUAAGUUUCUCUCCUCUCCAGUAGCCUGGCCUUGCUUGCUGUCCUGCUUCUAGGGGAAGAGCCCUUGUGUUCUCCUGGCCAGCCUGGCCUCAGUCCCCAGAUUCUUCCAGGGAGCCUCUGUCCCUCCCAAAGUGUAUUAGAAGGGUGGAGUCGACACAUGCUUUGGUGAGUCAGUCCAGUGAGUGACCCAUGGCCCUGAAUCUCCCAGAGUGCUGACGUGGUACCACUGGGGUGGUAAGAUGUCGGGCUCUGAGGCUCAAGAUUAUAUCUGAAGACCAGUCUAGCCCCGCAGGGUGGGCUUUCCCUCUUUAGUCCUGCUUCCUCCCCACCUCCAUCUCUUAGAAGUUUCAGAACCCAGCAGUGACCUGCAAGAUGUGGACUCUGAUGGGAGGCAUGGGAAGAGGUGAGCAAAGUCUGCUUUGUCUUUUACACUUCAAAAUCUUAACAACUUCUGGUUUCUGGCAAAAUGGUGCUUUGUGAGUAAGAUGCUAAGAGGGAAACAGGAGGAAGGGAGUUGGGGUGGAUGGGAAAAAGGUGGCUAAUCUUUACCUCUCGAUGCAUUGAUAUGUGAAUAUGCAGCUCCAAGGUCCCAAAUGACAAGACCCAGGGGCAUAUUAGCUCCUUAGCUGGGCCUAGGCUGACAGGUAAUUGAGCUUUUUAUGUCCAGGAAACUUCUAGAGGCUUUGUAUUCUCACCAGUCAUAGAUCUCAGAGAACUCUUUCUUAUUAAACUCCCGUUAUAUGGGUGAGAAUACUGAGGCUCAGGAUAAUCCCCUAAGGUCUAUUCCCUAUUGGAUUUCAAGGUGCUCAGUGUGUUUGAAUCUGUAUACAUGUGUGAGUAUGUCUGAGUGGAUGGUCUGAGAAACUAAGAAUGUAGGGACCAGUUACAAUGGUAUCUGGGAUAAUGCUUAAUUUUCCACCUGGGUGGAAACCAGCCUUCCCACCUCCUGGCCCAGGCAACUGCUCCACCUUUGCUGCCACUUCCCAUGCAUGCCCCUACACUGUCCUGUGCCCCUGUGUCUUCCAAGGAACCAGACUGGAGGAAACCUUUUGAGUAUCUCCCUUGGUCUGUGGUUGAGAACACUUUUGCCAUCCUCCUCUCCAUACAAGGGGAAUGGAUUCCAUGGCUUGACCACAUUUGUUGAACCCAGGGCAGCUGGUGCUUUUCACAGGCUGAGAAUUGAGUGUUUCUUACAUGGUUCUACACAGAAUUUGUAGGAAGUUCAGGACUAAUGCUAACCAGAGAGUAUCACUCAAUUAAUUGCCCAAACUAGAGGUUGUGAAAUGGGAACACUGCAUUCCCAGAUACCACCAAAACAGGGCUUCAUAGAGGCCCCAGGUGGGACAUUCCCUGGGUACCUAUCCUCUGCUCAAGAUGCCCUCAGGAAAUUGAAGGUCAACCUGCCCAUGGCCCCACAUACAAUCCUUGGGCCAUAUACCCACAGAGUUCUCUAGAGCUAGAUGGUCCUUAGAUGUCUCUGUCCAAGGAACACAAUCAUUCACCAGGCUCUGAGAACUUGCAAAUCUCCUCUGAGCAUGAGAAUACUUAGAGACCAAACUUAGAGAAAACAGUCCUGAGCUUUCCAAAUCAGCAUCUGUUUCUGAGAGUUUCCUCGAGCCCCAAAGAGGCAGAUGGAUGUCUUCUAGCUGAGGUUUCUAACACCAUGGUGACACUAAGACUGCUCACACCACCCAGAUAAUCUCCCAAGGUACCCCAGAGUCACAUAUUAGUCUUGGGGAGACUUGUGCUAGGUUUGGGGGUUCUCUCUGAUUUAUUCCUUUUGGGAUACCCAUGGAAUUUCAUGUAUAAGCCUUUCAUUUGUAUUUUAAGAUUUUAAAAUCUGUUUUGAGUAUAUAAAUGGUGCUCAAUAUAGCAGUGUCUUUGUCAGAUGAAGCAGUAUGAUUCUAUAUGGAACCACUAAGGUGCUGAACUCAAAUCUCGAAAUUUUUAUCUUACUGAUAACAGGCAUCAAUGCAUUUUAUUCUGUAUGGUAAAAUUUGAUUCCUAACUUUUAUAACUUAUUAAAGUUAAAAUGU